AUGGUGGAACUGACAGACAUGCAGAUCAUGCGGAUGAUGUUUCCUAGAUGGUUCUUCCCUUUAUAUAAUCUGAUAGGUCUUCUUCCGUUGAAGAUCGUAAUACCUGGUCGCAUGAAGAUCAGCUGGCCUGCGUCAAUGAGAUCUGUGGCAAUCCUCUCCGUCAUCUACGGACACAUGGCUUCCAUCUUGCUGACCAACUUAAUGUCCAUGACGGUCACCGACGACCUGAAGCAUCUGAUCAUGUGGAUGAACCAGCUGAGUCUGCAGAUCGGCUCCGCUGCCAUCUUCCUGGUGACGGUCGUCCACUGUUGGCUCGGCCACUUCACCAAGAUAAUUGCAAAUCUUGUCACCACUGAAAAGUAUUUCAUACGCAAUAAAGUGCACAGAAAAAAGUCAGGAGAAUAUGUGAAUAAAGUUGCCCUAGGAAUGGUUUUAUACAUGAUCCUAUUCCUGAUACCUUUCCAGACCUACUACAUCUGGAAAGAAUACGAUCUGCUGUAUUACUGGCAUAUGAUGCCGUUUUACGUGUUCAGUAUAAUAUAUGUCUUGUUUGAGAUGAUGCUGGCAAGAAUCGUGAUGUCACUCGCUCAAGGCUUCCAAAGGUUGAACGUCAUCGUGGAGCUUACGACUUACGAGUUCACCGAUGGCCUGCCUUGUCACGUGGUCGAAGAGAUACGUCAGACACAUCACCUGCUCUGUCAGACUGUGCAAGAAGUCAACUCAUUCUCUGAAAUCCAACUUCUAUUUGUUUUUGGACGCCUAUUCAUCAACAUAGUUAUCGACCCAUAUUUUAUCCUGAACGCCUGUUUGAAGCACACUGUAAUAAAACACAUGGGCUUGUACGUGGUGUCGCUGCUGGGAUACAUACUCACCAGUGUCUGCCAACUGUUCUUGCUGGUGUGGGUGUCACAUCUCACGACUCAUCAUGCGGAGAGAUCAGCUUUCUACGUCAGUCGUAUGUUGAGCUUUAACCUGACUUGCUCUUGCAGAAAAGAAGUGAAACAGACACUAGUGCAGAUGUCCAGUAGUAAAAUGUGUUUGUCAGUCCUCAGUCUGUUCAACAUUGGCCUGCCUCUGUUGGUCGUGGUUUGUAUUAGAGUAGAUGUCAUACAAAUAUAA